AUGGCACGGAAAAGAAGAAUUGAAGUUGAAAUAGAAGCUGAGCAAAACGAUGCUAAUAAUAAUGCCAAAAAAAUUCAGAGAUAUGUGGACCAUGUAAACCAUAUAAAAUCUCUAGAUUCAGCACAAUAUUUAAGAUUAAUAGUUAAGCCAAUAACACAAACUCUUGAACAACCCUUAUCGAGUUUAAUUUCACCGUCCGCAAAGUUAGUGUUGGAAAAGCAUAUUCCUAGAUUUAUACCAAUCUAUUCCAAAAUCAGAAAAAUGAGAGAAUAUCUGCAAACGCCAGUAGAUACCAUAGGAUGUUCCACACUGCCAAUAUAUUUAAAUUCAAGUAUUUUACCAUUUGUUAAUAAUACCAGUUCCGCGUAUUCUAUUGUCGAUCCUACUAAUGACGGUCCUAACACUGGGAAAAUUAAAAUUCCAAAACCAACUGAUAUAAGGUUGCAAAUUUUAAUAGCACUAAUGUUAUCAUCACAAACGAAGGAUGAAAUGACGUGUAAAGCGAUGACUCGGUUGAUGGAAUACUGUGUUGAAGAAGAAUUAGAUGCUGAGGCUGGUAUUUCACUUAAAUCAUUGCAAUUAAUUCAAGAAGAUGUAUUAAAUGAACUAAUUUCAUGCGUUGGCUUCCAUUCUAGAAAGGCUAAAUAUAUUAAAAAAACAAUAUCUAUCAUAACUAAUGAUAAUACUAGUAAUACGCUUGAUUUGCCAUAUUUAUACGAUGAGCUAAUUAGCUUGCCGGGAGUAGGCCCUAAAAUGGCCAAUUUAUUUAUACAAGCUGCAUGGCAGUGGGAUGAAUGGGGGAUUGGGGUGGACGUCCAUGUGGACAGAAUGACCAGAAUGUUCAAAUGGUUGCCAAAUAGUAAGAAUAAUAAAAACCCAGAAGAAACAAGAAUUUUUCUGCAAAAUAAUUUACCCCUGUCAUUAUGGAACGAAAUUAACCCUGUUUUGGUUGGAUUUGGUCAAACUGUUUGUAUACCGAGACGUACUAAGUGUGAUUUAUGCUACUGUAACGACAUAUGUCCUGGUGUUAUAAAAGGUGGGAAAAUGGAGAAUAGGCUUGGAAAAUAUUCUAGCAUCGAAGAAUGGGUUUCUAACGUGAAAGAUCAGCUUCCCAUUGUAUUUGAUAGAGAUGGACAAGAGGAAAAAAUUAUGCAACUUUUUUCAUUACCCGAUGGCUCUACUAUAAAAGAAGAAAAUACUAUAAUCAAAAAUGAAAAAGUUGUUGGUGUUGAGGACAGUGCUAUUAAACAGGAAAAUACUGAAGAUGAUCUUAAUAACAUAAAACUUGAAGAAGAAGAAGAAGAAAAAGAAAAAGAAGGAGCAGAUGAAAUUACAAAGGAAAAUUCAAUCAAUGUUACACCUACUAAAAAAAUUCCAAAAAAAAGGAAAAUAGUUUCAAAAUAUUUUAAAUGA